AUGCCGGAUAAGGAAUUCCUCGAAAGAAACUCAUUGCUCACUGAUCUCUUCAACAUCCCGCAUAUUCGCACGGUUUACAAUAUGUUCAUGAUGACUUUCAUACUUCUCCUUCUCAACACCAUCAUAUGCGAUAUCAUGGAGUUUGGAACGAUCCGCGUUGGCACCAACACUUUAAGGCAUGCCUUUGCAAAAUUUCCAACGUGCAUCUUCAUCUGGUCGUUCAUGCAGGCUUCAACAUUCGGUGUUUACGCGGGUUUCACCCAAUGGGCUUACCGGCGACUUCAGUUUUUGCCAAAAUCCUCCCUCCGAAAAUGGGAUUAUAGUUGGCUAUCAAUAUUUAUAUUGUAUCAAAUUCUCUUCGUUAUUUUUCCUAUUAAGGCGAUGCUCGGCGCGAAUCUUUCCAUAUGUUGUAGGAUGAUUGUAAUACUGGAACAAGUACGCAUGAUGAUGAAGAGUUACGCUUUUGUCAGAAGCGUAGCACCUAGAUUUUUGUCAUACAAAUCUCACAGUGAAACUCCGCCACCAAAUGAGCCCAGAUUCUCGCAAUAUUUAUAUUUCCUUUUCGCACCGACUCUUCUGUACCGCGACGAAUAUCCUAGGACAAAAAGAGUUAGGCGGAUGGUGGUAAUUCGUAAUUUUUUCGAAUUUGGCCUAUCGAUCUUCUAUCUCGCCUUUAUCUUGGAAAGCCUAGUAUUUCCGGUCUUCUAUGUAUUCGGCACGCAACAUCUGGAUUGGAAGUGGUUCGUCAAGAAUAUCAUCAAGUCUAGUUUUCCUGGCAUUUGCUACCUUGUCACCAUAAAUUAUCUCCUGCUGCACACAUGGAUGAACGCUUGGGCGGAAAUGCUACAGUUUGCCGACCGAUUGUUUUACAAAGACUGGUGGAACAGCACGACAUACUACACGUUCUUCCGCACGUGGAACGUGGUAGUGCACGACUGGCUGUACACGUAUAUCUAUAAGGACAUGUACAAAAUCGUGGUGCCACACAACCGUGUGUUAUCAGCUACUACUGUAUUCUUCAUCUCCGCCAUCGUCCACGAAUACAUACUCGGGUUUGCAUUCGGCUUCUUCUAUCCUGUAAUAUUUAUCUUAUUUAUUACUGUAGGUUUCCCCAUGUUCUUCAUCCGUAAGAUUGUUAGCAACCUUUUUAUGUGGUUGACCUGGGGCCUUGGCACCGGUAUUAUUUUCAGUCUACACGCGAUAGAGUUAUAUGCUCGGGAACUGUCCCCCUCAUCCCAAUUACUACCUAGACCUAUUCAUACCGCGAAGCUGGAGCUGUCAGGAACAAUUUAACGCGUAGAUCUUUUCCAUUUGUAUGGGCGAUGAAAUUAAAAGAUUAUUAAGAAACAGGA